GCUAACGCUGUUUCACAUCUUAUUUUUGUACACAAGACCCGAGGCGACGCAGACGCUGUGAAACACUGUGAAUCACGAACUCAUGUGAAUUAAUUCAUUCAUCGAUCAUUUACAUUCGGAUCUCUUUAGGAAGAUGCAGUUCAUGUUGUUAUUCAGCAGACAGGGAAAGCUCCGGCUGCAGAAGUGGUACGUGCCUCUGUCCGAUAAGGAGAAGAAGAAAAUCACACGUGAGCUGGUGCAGACCGUACUGGCCCGGAAGCCCAAGAUGUGCAGUUUUCUGGAGUGGAGAGACCUGAAAAUCGUCUAUAAAAGAUACGCCAGUCUAUAUUUCUGCUGUGCCAUCGAGGACCAGGACAAUGAGUUGAUCACUCUGGAGAUCAUCCAUCGAUACGUCGAACUGCUGGAUAAAUACUUUGGCAGUUCAGAUGCAAAGCAUGCUGGGAACUACAUAUCAACUGGCAAGGUGUGUGAGCUGGAUAUCAUCUUUAAUUUUGAGAAGGCUUAUUUUAUCCUGGAUGAGUUCCUGUUGGGCGGCGAGGCGCAGGAGACCUCCAAGAAGAACGUGCUGAAAGCCAUUGAGCAGGCGGAUCUCCUGCAGGAGAAUCUAGAUUUUCCGAUCCGUCUGCUUCCAGGUGUUCUGAGUCCAAACACAUCUGCCGAGUCCUCUGGACUCUUCCAGAGUUAAACUCGCUCAGAUCAACACAUCUCAGCCGCGACACGAGUACUUUAACAUGCCUGUGUACUGAUUGGCUGUCGCUGUCCGACCCGCAUGCUGCGCCCCUCCCACUUCACCGCACUGCUGCUGGCUCCGCCUCUGCCUCCACACCGUCCUAUCACAGAGCUGCACCUCAAGUCUUCACUGCGUGUCAUUUAUUUGUGGAAUGUGUUUCUGAUGUUUUUCCCCUCCAUCAUUUCAAACUGACAUUGGUUCAUGUGCAGGACGUCUUUUCACAUUCAUUACAAACAAAGCAUUUGAGACAUUUUAUUGUUUAUUUCUUAAUCAGCAUUGUUGUCUUGUUUUUUUUCCAUUGUAACAUCCCAUCUGUAUAAUUCACAGCCAAAGCAACAAAAUUGCAUAAAAUAUUGAAUAUGUUUAAAUUGAUUAUGAUGGACCUUUUAAGGUUCUUAUAGACGUCUAUUGUAAGCGUGUUAGUGUGAGUGAUGAUUCAGCUCUUGGACUCUAACUUUUUAUUGAAUAUCAGUAGUAGAUUUUUAAUCAUAAAGCCUAAUAAAAAAUAAUAGAUUGUCAGUAGUAUGUGAAAUAAGCCUUCAUGUAACUCAAUUUUUUUGCUAAACAAGACAAAAGUACUGAGAAAGAUUUAGCACAUUUUAUCGAUCCAAAAUGUUCUGGCUGUAUUGUUGUGUUCUUGUUUGUGUUUACUGAGGUGGGUUUGUAUCUCUGUUACUGAAUGUACUGUGGUAGAUGACGUGAUUAUUGUUUUUAGUUGAAAAUGAUCCUGUUUUUAUUGAUGAAAUGACAGCAAUAGAUGAAAUCUAUGCAUUUAAAUUUGGAUAACAUUUGCACAUUCAAUGGAAGUUUAAUAUGAUAUUUGGAACCAAUUUACACUCAAUCUGUCUGAAUGACUCUCUGUAUUAGAGAAUAAGGCAGCAUCUCACAUUCAUUGAUUCAGUAUUACCAUCAUUCAGAAUCUGUGCAAUGUGAUAUAUCUAUUACAGGAACAGUUCCUAGAGGUCCUUAGUUUUCAUUCAGUACUUUAUAACAAAUAUUUUAUUCUUUAUUUAUAGAGUUUCAUUUUCAAACACGUCAAUGCCUGUUUAUGUCAUUGAUCCACUUAUAAAUAUAUGUGUGAUUUGAGAAGUAGAAAGAAAUAAGUAGAUUGAAUCAGUCGUUAUUGUUACAUGGAAUGAAUACAUUUAAAUUUGUGUUCGUUCGAAAGGUAAUUUCAUGAGAACACAAGUGUAAUUCUCAGUGGUGAUUCUAAUUGAAGUGACACAGUUAUACUGUGCACAUUAAUUUGUGCUGACUGAAAUUUAUUUGAAUAAAUAUAUAUUUAUAUUUUUAGAGUGGAAAGAGUGUUUAUUUUAAUCUGUCCAUCAGUGCAAUGAAAGUAUUUUGUCCAUUUUUUUAAAAGAUUGGGUAGGUGAACAUAAAGACAAUGCGAUAUAAAAGAAAAAUGGAGAAAUAAGAAUAAACACUACACAUAAACAAAAGUCACUAUGCAAUAUAAUAAUCAUAAUCAAGUGCAGUGUUUCAGAAACAUUUUAUAUUAUUAAAUACCUUUUACAAUUUUUAACAACCAACCCAAAUCGACCAAAGACUCACAUCAAGUAUGACUUCAUUCUGGCUGGGAACCGUCACCCGCUUUUCACUGUAAAACUUUACAAAUAAAGGUUCUUCUUUAGGUUUUAAGAUCCGUUUUUAUCCAUUUCUUAAGGUUCUUGAUGCUUCUUUACAGGUUCCUAAGAGCCGUGUGCUGUUUUUGAGUUCUUUAUUGAACCAGUUCACAAACGCUAACAUGAGAAUUAUAGAAAGAUUAUAAGAUGCUUUAAAACCUUUGAGCAACCUUUAUUUUAAAAUGUGUAAAUCUUGAUUUAUUUUUUUCAACCAUGAUUUUAAACCUUUUAAAAUUCUCAUGUUUCUUGUUUUUGUUCCCUGUUUUUGGCCGGGCUGUGUUCAGGAUGCCAAAGAGGCAGAAACCCCCCGAAGCGUCCUGGAGGAGAUCGGACUCACAUAAACCCACCGCCCGACACAACUGUACCAAACCCACUGAGAGCCUGUUCAUUUAAACAUGUAGCAAACACACACACACACACACACACGUUUGUUUGAUGUUUACUAAAGCUUAAUUCAACACCCACUAAAAUAUUGCUCUGAUCAGACUCAUCUCACAAUGAGCCACACUAAACACAGAAAAUGUGAAUCUCUUAUUCCAAAGAUUCUUUCACAUGACUCACAUCAGCAUCUGUAGAUGACACAUUUAACCCAGAUGUAAUCAAUGAGUUUUCUGACGUUACAACAGUUUAUGGUUGAGAUUAAGAUUGCUGACCAAAUGUGAAAACCUUUCACAUGUGUGAAUGUGUUAUUUUGUGUUUAUAUGUUUUAUCACAAUAUUAUAAUAAUAUGAUAUUAUAACAGCAUAUACCAUUUAAUAUUCAUGCACUCUCAAAAAAUAUUUCUGGACUGUUAACACAUUGCUUGUGUUACGCUAUUUAUCACAUUUUGUGUUACAUUUUGUGUUAAAUAAAAGGGACACAAACUGUGAUGUAUAUAAAGAUGUCUUGUUUAUUUACCAUAUUGUCCCGAAUAAGACUGUACCUCUUCAAGAAGCUUUUUGGCCAAAAAAUGUAAUACAUUUGUCUGAAAAUAAUUCGUACUGCAUAUUUUAUUGUAUAUAUUUUAAAUAAAGUAUGGUAAAUGCUGGUAAAACGUACCAACAAUCAAGUUUAAACAUUAUAGCAUACCACAAAACUUACCUUUAGUACAAUUUAAUAUUAUUUAGGCUUUUAAUCUUAAUGUGAAAACUGUGAAGUUUCCCAAAAUCUAAUUGACACAGAAGUGAAAUCGUAUUGUUCUCUUGCUAUCUGCCUAUAAAAAAAGACUAGAAGCUUUUCAGUGACUGUUAGCAUUCUGAUUGGUGCUUUCAGUCCUGAUCAAACUCGUUUUACACCAAUUUGGCGCCCCCUAUUGUUGCUACUGCGUUAUUGACAUUUAAAAGCAUCGAGCUCGAUUAGAAGACGACCCUAUUCUUCAGAUGUAUUAAAACCAUCCUCUUAUAUACGGUAUGCGUUCACAUGAUUCUCACGAAUUGGUGGAGCUGAUGUAUAAAUUCACAAACACAUUGAGCUGAUACAGUCAAUCUGACAGUCAACCACGCUUGUGUUGAGUCUGAUCUGAGUCAUGUGAAAGAGUCUUGAGAGUAAAACACAGACCAAACAGCCCAUUCACAAGCCAAAGAGUGUUUCUGAUGUGUGUGUGUGAUUUUAGUUUCAGGUCAAAGCCCUGAAACAGACUCUACUCAAGCAAACCCUUAUAGCCUAGAAAAUUGUGUAGUUUUGUGUAUUGUUAAGCUGCAAAAUGUUUUCUCGUUGUUAAAACACGGGUCUGUUUUCUUCUAUGAACAUGAUGGAGUAAAUAGUUUGAAUAUAGAAUCUUGUUGAAUUUAAAAGGUAACGUUUUUAUCUGUUUAGGAAUUUUCAUUUUUUGUUGAUGUCAGAAAAGUGUGUAAUGUGUCUGGCAUUCGUGUAUGUUGUUUUAGACUCGACACAGAAUUCCACAGACCUGAAUGACCUCACAUCACACUGUGUUCAACAGCCGACACUCGACCACUGUUAACUUCAGUGUGUUAUAUGACACAGGAUUCUGCAGAAAUUAAACUUAAGAAAUGAAACCAAA